AUAUAUUUGGCGAUUCCCGCUCUUUUUUUUUUAUACAAAUAUUGAUUGGCUUUUUUGACCGGAGAGAAGGAAGUUCUUUUUGGUGGGGGUCACGUGUACAGGGUAGGAAGCGUUCCUAUUGGUGGAUUCGAGCGGCCGAAAAUCGUUCAACGGUCACUCAGCUGUUGUCUUGGUUGUGCGUGAUUCGUGUGGUCUUUACUUGCGUUCUGCGACCGUUGGCGGUGGCGAGAAACGAAACAUCCUAGCUUCGCACCGCUUCCUUCCUUCCACACACAUUCGUUUCUAUACCGCCAAGCAAGCAAGGAAGAGCAGUUCCUCUUCCGAAGUCCUGCUGAGAGCAUCUUCUUGUUGCUCCCCUCCGGCUCCUCUAAGUGAUUGAUUUAUUUCCCCCCCGUUUUGUUUUUACCAGCCAACGUUUUUUUUUUUUGUCCCCCUCACACACACACAUUUCCUCUUUCUGCACCACCCGGCGAAGUGAAGCGUACAGCUCUCACUUCCGCAGAACAGAAGAUGGCUUCGUUUCAAAUACAUGAGGACCAGGAGAACCGCAACCGCGAUUAUGUUUCGGGAAAGCGGUGUACGCAGAAGAGAGCAGCGCUUAGCUCAUCUUUGGCCAACAUCCCCGACAGGAUCACGAUCAAGUCGCAAAAGCAACCAUUGGGAAUAAACAAUGUUAAUGUACUUAAGAAAUCGGAUGUGGACAAGUUGUUUAAGAAGAACGAUGAGAAUGUGUUCAAGCAGGCGGCCUGCAAGCAGCCGGUGCCAAUUGUGCCUGUCGCACAGUUCCAGGCAUUCAAAGUGUACGAGGAUUCACAAGAUGAACUUGUCAAGAAGGGGAUAGAGAUCCUCGAGAAGAAGCAUGUUGAGGAGGUCUUCAAGAAUGCCUACAAGGGCAACGAGGAUCGCCUCAUGACCAAGCAGGAAGCCCUCGAGUUGGCUGGGGCCCUGGAAGUGGAAAAGCCGCAGGUCAUCGACUCCUUCAUUGACUCCCCCAUGAGCGUGGAGAAGCUCACCGAUGAGAACUCUGAACUGCAUCAGUUGUGCAAGAGCAGUAGGGACCUCUUCUUCCAGUUGGACGAGUACAGGGAUGAGAUCUUCAAAUAUUUAUGUGAACAAGAAAAAGAGCAUCGUCCUAAGGCCAAUUAUAUGCGUAAGCAGCCGGACAUUUCACAUAGCAUGCGCACCAUCCUCGUGGACUGGCUGGUGGAGGUAGCCGAAGAGUACAAACUGUAUACGGAGACGCUCUAUCUGGCCGUGAACUACAUCGACAGAUUCCUCAGCUUCAUGUCGGUGGUCAGAGCAAAGUUGCAGCUCGUCGGUACCGCUGCCAUGUUCAUCGCGGCCAAAUACGAGGAGAUCUACCCACCGGACGUCGGCGAAUUCGUCUACAUCACCGACGACACCUACUCGAAGAAACAGGUGAUCCGCAUGGAGAUGCUCAUCUUGAAGGUGCUCGAUUUUGACAUCUCCGUCCCUACUGCUUACACUUUCAUCACCGCCAUGAGCAUCGCCAACAAAUUGUCCGACAAAGUGACCUUUUUGGCUCAAUAUUUGAGUGAAUUGGCGCUGCUGGAGGCCGAGCCAACGCUUGAGAUAAUGCCGUCCAUGAUGGCAGCCGCCGCCAUCGCCGUGGCUAGACACACCGUCGGCGAGGAGGCGUGGAGCUCCGACCUGGAGGAGAACACCGGCUACAGUCUGGAGUCGUUGAAACGCGCCGGCGAGUUCCUCGUCGGAAUGCACAAGAAGGCACCCGGUCUGACCCAGCAGGCCAUCCAGGACAAGUACAAGGUCGGCAAGUACCUGCACGUCUCAACCAUAGCCGCUCGCGACGAGCCCAUCAAGUUCGACUGAGGCAGCAAGAAAGACGCUACGUCGAUGAUUAUGUUUAUAUACAUACGUACAUCUACGUAAACGAUCGUAACAAUAAUUUCUUAAUUAUUCACUUAGUUUUAAUGUGGGACAACUUAAGUGCCUUUAUUAUUUAGAUUUAAUUAUUUUAAAGUACGUAUUUUUUUAUUACUAGUUGUUUUGAUUUCAAGGAGAGAAAAUGUGAAAGAAAGGAUUAAUGAGAGCGAUUGAUGAUGAUGAUGACGAUGAUGACGGAACGACUACGGAUCGCCGUUUUCUUUUCUUUCUUCUUUUCGAAAAAAUAUUCUCUCCGUGACACGACGAAGCGCGCUCGCAAAUCUUAUGAUUUAGAUGUAGGUUUUUUUUUUUAAUUUUAUUAAAAGAAGAGACUCUCCGGACGAAGACGAUGGGAUUUCCAAAGUGUGUACAGUAUUUUUUUUUUUUCCUGCAUAUAACGUUUUCGUUUAUUUACUUACUAUAUACUAUAUAUUAUUAUUAUUUUUUUUUAAUCUGUUCAAUGUAAGACUUCUCCACUUAAAUUUGCCAUACUUAAGCUUAAUAUAUAUAUUUUUUAUUUUAAAA